AUGGCCUACCAGAUUGAGGAUGUCAAACAGGCAUUACAAUGUAUUUCUUCGAAUGUACGGCAGGAAGAGAAGAAUUCCGCUUUGCAGUUUUUGGAACAGUUUCAAAAGACAGUCGAUGCAUGGCAGUUAUGCCACACAGUUCUAUCUCGAGGGAAAUUAGAGCCUUUAGAUGUGCAAAUAUUUGCAUCUCAAACUUUGCGAAAUAAGGUGACUUAUGAUCUAAACCAAUUAGAAGGUAACCUUGAGCCGUUUAAGCAGUCUAUGUUACAGUUGUUAGUUCAACAUUCAAACAAGUUGAUUAUCACCCAACUUUCCGUGACGAUGGCUCGACUAUCAAUCCAAUAUUUGGAAUGGAGAAAUCCCAUUGGUGAGAUUAUUACGGUUCUAAAUCCAUAUCCUGUCAAACUACUUUGCUUCUUAAAGAUUUUACCUGAGGAAACCUUAGACAUGAAAUCCACUCCUUUGUCAGAAGAUGAAUUUAAAUCAAGAACGCAUGAACUUAUUAACCAAAUAGCGGAAGACGUGUUAAAUUUCUUAAUCUCGUGUAUUGAUGUUGCUGGUGAGGAAUCUGAAGUUAAACUGGAACAAGUUUUGAAUUGUUUGAGCACAUGGAUUUACGAGUUUCCAAUUGAACAAAUGCUUACAGUUACACCAUUAAUUAAUAUGGUGUUUCAAGCGCUUUUUGAAUCUUACACUGACUAUCCGGAUACUUUUGAAGCAGCUGUUGAAUGUUUGUCUGUUCUUCUUAGGGAAACAAGAGAUGUUGCAAAUGUGGAAAUGAUAAAGAUGUUGUAUGAUCAAUUAAUGCUUCUUCAAAGUAAACUAUUACCUCCGAUUGAAACUGUUCAAGAUUGGAGCGAAUAUGAAGAUAUGAUGGAUGCGUUGACCAGAUUGUUUGUCGAAGCAGGCGAGUCAUGGUGUGUGUUUAUUGGUAAGGAUCCGCAGACUUUCAAACCAUUAGUGCAGGUAAUUUUACUACUUACUUGUAAAAACACCGACUUAGACGUUGUUAAAUAUACCUUUCCGUUCUGGUUUAAUUUGAAGCAGAUGCUAGUUUUAGCUCGCUAUUCGCAACAGAAACAACAAUAUCAAGACAUCUACGUUCAGUUAAUAAAUGGUAUUAUUAUGCACUUGGAAUAUCCAGAGGAAUCAUUUCCAAAUAAAGAAGAUGAAGACAAGUAUAGAGAAUUCCGUUACGAUAUGGGUGAUGUGUUAAAGGACUGUACAGCAGUUGUCGGGCCAAUUAAAGCGUUAACUCAGCCGUUUCAGAUGAUUGAGGCUAACCUAGCCCAGGAUGUCUCAACUAUGCAAUGGCAAAAGUUGGAGGCUCCAUUAUUUUCCUUACGGACAAUGGGUCAAGAAAUUCCCACCACGGAGAAUACAAUUUUACCGCAGAUAUUCCAAAUUUUGUGUAAUUUGCCAGAGCAUCCUAAGAUCAGAUAUGCAGUCACGUUAGUUCUCGGCAGAUACACAGAGUGGACUAAUAAACAUCCUGAAUUAUUGGAAAUGGAGUUGAAUUAUAUUUUUAAUGGGUUCCAAACCACGAAUAAUGAUGCAGAUUUAUUCACCGCUUCUUCACAUGCAUUAAUGUAUUUUUGUCAGGACUGUUCAUCUCUGUUGAGCAACUAUGUGGAACAACUGAUAGAUUUUACGUGGAAAAUUGAACCUGUUGUCGAUAUGAUGUGCAUGUUUGAGGUUUGUCAAGGAUUAAGUUCUGUAAUUAAUGAGCAACCAAUUGAAACAUUUACACAAGCAUUUGAACUCUUCUCUAAACCACAUUCCGAAAGGCUUCAACGGGCUGUAGAGUCUUGGAAGGCUCAUCCAACCGAUAAAGAUGCUUCUGUUAGACUUGCAGACCUCAUUGAUUUAACGUUUGCUAUAUUCGAGUCCCUCAGACCACGUUAUGAAUACCCAAGCCAAGGAGCAGAGCCGUUACUACCGUAUAUUGAAUCCAUAUGGAAUCUCGCUUCUGAUCUAUUAAACUAUGAAGGAGGUGCAACAAAUACAAUUAUCGUUGAAAGAAUAAUGAAGUUACUUCGGAGACUUUUUGAAAAAUAUCAUAUUUUCUUAGAAUCAAUUCUCCCAAUGGUUGUUGAAAUGUUGGCACAAAACUAUGCUAAGACAGGCCUAGGUUCAUAUCUCUGGUGUUCAGGUUCUCUUAUCUAUGUAUUUGGCGACGAUGAGUCAUAUCCUAUUCCUCCAGAACUCAAACAAGCAGUAUGGUGCUUUGCAUGUUCCCAAUGUGAGACCUUCCUAAACAAUUUCUCCAAGAUAAACCCUUCUGAGAUAGACAUGUACUUUGAAAAUGUCCAAGAUUUCUUUUUAAUGGUACUAGACAUCAUAAUGUUUUAUCCAAAACAGUUUAUAACAACUACUGAAUUGGUUGGUUCAGUUGUUGACUGUGCCCUGCAAUGUCUUGAUAAAUUAAGCAAUUUUGAUUGUUAUAUUACUGUAAUACGUUGUCUAGACGAGAUACUAUCCUGGGGGUACGAAGCGCCGCCAAUAUCUACGAUGGAGAUUGAUAUUGUACCAGUAGAAUGGAGAGCGAACGUGCUCAAUAUUAUGGUUUUACAAAAAGGAAGUCAAGUUGUAUCUGUGACCAUUUGUGGUUUAACAUCAAACCUCAACAGUAACGCUCAUCCUGAAGCAAUUGGAUUGCUUGUUAAAUUGUUUAAAUUGGCCACUGAAGCAAAUAAUAAUGAUCCGUCCAUCUGUAUGCAGUGGUUAUCUGAUUCCUUAGGAAUAUUAAGACCAGUGUCUGCUAAUGAGAAAAAUAAGCUGAUGAGUAUUGGCAGUGCAUUGAUACAAAAAGAUUAUAGGAGAGUGAGAAACAAUAUUAAAGAUUUUAUUGGGUGGUACCUGAGGAAACAUGUAUCUCCCAGACUAUAUAAAUGA